AUGAUGUCCACGACCGUACAGACCACAUGGCAAUAUCUUGAGGAUGGAGAUAUAUUCGAGCAGGAAUUUACGACACCACGAUGCGAGUCUUGGGGCUUCGCGACGUCGUGCUUGUCGCUCAACUCGUCCAACGUCGCACCCGUCAAGCAAUCCUGCGAGUCCGCAUUUACGCUAGCCCUCUAUCGCAGCCAGCCUGAUAAUCUAUAUACCGGGGUGGGGUUUGGCUAUGGCUUAGACUUGCCCCAAUCGUUCUCAGUGGUGGAAGGCAAUGUUCAUAAUAGUUCGAUGAUAGAUAUACCUGCGGUCGAAUCCAUUGUGCAAUCUCACGAAACCAACUCCUUCGACGAUGCGCAGCAACAGCAGCGAGCGGCUCAUAUGCCGUCUUCCUCUAUACUCGAAGACACUAGGUCCUGGACGAUGGAACAAUCCAUGUUGGAGAACGACGAAAGCUUGACAAGACAUGUGGAAGCUGCUAUGCAGAACCACUGUGCGGGGAUAGAAGCUCCAUCUGGGAACUACGAUAUAGGCAUGGCGGCUUCGACUCCCGCCUCUGCGGGGGAGCUCCGCUUCCAGGUCACCCUGCACGCGCCGACGGCCAUGGCUGAGCAUAUUAAUGACGUCCCUGUCACCUACCUCAACAAAGGGCAAGUCUAUUGCAUAUCAGUCGUCGAUACCGUAGAGACAAAGCCGCUUCUUCCGGGAACUCACUACCGCACCUCUAUUCGCAUAUCAUUCGACGAUGAACAGGAUCGGCAGGGAUCUGCAUCUCGUUGGCAAAUUUGGGAGGAGACUCGCGGAACCCGCGACGCGCUCGAUCGAGAUGGCAGACUUCGAGCGAUCGAGUUGGUUGAAGGCCUCCUGGUAGAGAACGAUUAUCAGGGGACCCGAGUCGACUUUGACAAGGCUUCUUUCGACGGCUUCUCCGUAAUCUGGAUGCCUGCUCACGAGGAUGCCCUUGGAUGUAAUGUGAGUGUACGCUUUAACCUCCUCUCGACUGAUUUCACUCGCUCCAAAGGUGUACAAGCCGCCUCUCUGCGGUUAUGCGCCAAAACAGAGGCUCGAUCAAGUGGGUCAGUCCCAGGUCAUGCAGAGCUGGUCUUCUGCAAAGUGAAGGUUUUCAGAGAUCACGGAGCAGAGCGCAAGCUCUCUAAUGACACCGCUCAAGCUAUGAACACCAUUGAUAAGCUUAAGCGGCAAGUGGCGGAUGGUGACAGAUGCGUGGGUGAGGUUGAAGGUCAAAAACGACGGGGCAGCGUCUCUAGCAAGAAACAGCAACGUUCCACACUGGGAAGGAUCCCUAGGAACAAGUGGACGCGGCCGACAGCGUCAAACCGAUCUACGGGCUGUGAUGUCCCCGUCGAAGAUCCAAGCUCUUUGCUACGGAUCAUGGUAUACCUACUAUCGAGCGCAAGUCCUGUGAGCAGACUCUGUAUACCUGGCUCAGAUCAGGAUGACCCAGAUCUCGCUCUGAUUACUCUGACCAGCAAAUCUCUGGAUCCCGCUAGGGGAGGCUCUAGAUAUGAAGGCUUCUGGCAGCAGGCAAGCGAUGAUCAAGGCAGCAAGACUAGAACCGCGUCACUGGUGUCGCCUUCUUCAAGUUUGACUUCUCAAUCACUUCGAGAGACCGGCAAAGGCCUUCCGCCGGAAGGGAAUGAUUGUCAGCCGACAAUAGCCCCUUGUGUGAAAGUGCUGGAUUCUCACCAGCUGGGUGGUGUGUCUAGUCAACUCACGAAUGUUUGGAGGACGAAUGAUGCCGGCCGUCUGACAGGAUACAUUGAAGUUGUUGGCGUGGAUCCCUUCUAUAAACCUCCAGUUGAUAAUACCGUGAAGCCUGUGGCUUGCGUCUAUAUCCUUCAUCGCAAUCCGCGGCAGCCAGAUCCCCAAUAUCACCGGGCCGUCUACCUCACCGAGCGAACGGUGAAGGCAUUCACGAAGAGCAUUGCUUUGAAAUGGGACCUCGAACCUACCAAUAUUGCACGGCUAGUACGCAUCCUCCCUGGGGGCCUGGAGGUCGAAGUCGACGACCAUGUCAUUCGCGAACUUGCUAACGGUCAAGAUAUGAUAAUGGAGGUCUUGGAAAGGAAGUGUCGGUCCCAAUCAUGGGUGAAGCGGAAACGCGAGAUGAGCAUUGGCGCCUCUGUUCAAAGCAAAGGCUGUGAACUCAAACUCCUCUUCUAA